UAUGCCUGUCGCGUGCUGGAACUUCUGGGUAUGGGGCAUCGCCUGUUUGUGCCUCGGCUUCUGGCGGAAGAAGAAGAAGAGAUAUUUUAAGUGUGAUACUCUUAAUUUCUCUGCCCGCCCGGAGGCUCGGAUCCCCGGGCCUGCUGCGGUUGCGAGGGAUGGGCAGCAGCACUGUCGGGACGAGCGGGCUGCGGCGUGCCCCAUGGCAACAAUGAGUUUACCCCUCAACCCGAAACCUUUCCUCAGUGGCCUCACGGGAAAGCCAGUGAUGGUGAAGCUCAAGUGGGGGAUGAAGUACAAGGGCUACCUGGUGUCUGUGGAUGGCUACAUGAACAUGCAGCUUGCAAACACAGAAGAAUACAUAGACGGGGCGCUGUCUGGACACCUGGGUGAAGUUUUAAUAAGAUGUAACAGCGUUCUUUAUAUCAGAGGUGUGAAAGAAGAGGAAGAAGAUGGGAGAAAUGAGGGAAUAGUAGCUUUUGUGUGGUUUUUUAUAUAUAUUUCUAGACAAUAAAGAUCUGUUUGUUUUU